AACAAGAUGAAGUUCAUUCUAUUUACUGCCAUUCUUUUCUCUAUAUGGUGGAUAUGUGUUGCGAAACUUAAGAAAGAGUGUGUGUGUACAUCUUACACUGUGAAUGGGAUGAUUAUUUAUCUGAAUACAAUGAUGUGCUUUCUAGUAGUUGGUGGACCUCCAAUACCCUGCUGUUAUACUGUGACACCCAUCAUGAUACCAGCUGCAAACAUUGUGGACUAUUUUAUACAAGAACCAGUGCUAUGUCCUGUCAGAGCUGUAAGAUUCCUGACCAAGAAAAACAAAGUUAUUUGUUCAGACCCUGAUAGCAAAUGGGCUAAGAAAGUAAUGGAUAUAGUGGAUAGGAGAAAAACAACAACACCUUCCCAAAAACCUACUAUGUGCUAUACAAGUACAACAAACGUGAACCCAACUGUAACUACAAGAAACAAAACACCGGGAACAGAGACUGAGACCAGCACGAGUACAACUGUAACACCAGCAGUGAUGAUUAUCAAAACAUCUGGACCAGAGACCAAACAGUUGAGAAGAGAGAGAGAGUGGAAAGGGAUGAAGAAAAGACAUUUAGGCGGGACUCGAACUUGGGUGACGAAGAAAAUGAUCAUAGAGCAUUGUGGGCUGAAAGACCUCCCUCAACAUAGACCCUUCAGCCCAGCAGAAUGUUUCAGAAUUAGAAGUGAGCAACAGAACAAGAUGAAGUUCACUCUAUUUGCUGCCUUUAUUUUCUCUGUAGGGUGGAUGAGUGUUGUGGAAGCAGUAGUUGAUGGACCUCCAACACACUGCUGUAAUACUGUGACAACCAUCGCAGUAGAAGCUACAAACAUUGUGGACUAUUUUAUACAACGAUCAGUGCUAUGUCCUGUCAGAGCUGUAAGAUUCCUGACCAAGAAAAAUAUAGUUAUUUGUUCAGAUCCUGAUAGCAAAUGGGCUAAGAAAGUAAUGGGGAUAGUGGAUAGGAGAAAAAAAACAACAACACCUUCCCAAAAACCUACUACGUGCUAUACAAGUACAACAAACGUGAGCCCAACUGUAACUACAACAAACAAAACACCGGGAACAGAGACUGAGACCAGCACGAGUACAACUGUAAAAGAAGAAGUGAUGUGUUUCCAAAUGUUAUUGAAAAGAGACGAGCACGAGUACAACUGUAACACCAGCAGGGACGACAAUCAAAACAUCUGGACCAGAGACCAGCAUGAGUAUAGCUGUAACACCAGCAGUGACGACAAUCAAAACAUCUGGACCAGAGACCAGCAUGAGUAUAGCUGUAACACCAGCAGUGAUGACUAUCAAAACAUCUGGACCAGAGACGAGCACGAGUACAACUGUAACACCAGCAGGGACGACAAUCAAAACAUCUGGACCAGAGACCAGCACGAGUAUAACUGUAAGACCAGUAGUGAUGACAAUCAAAACAUCUGGACCAGAGACCAGCAUGAGUACAACUGUAACACCAGCAGUGACGACAAUCAACACAUCUGGACCAGAGACCAGCAUGAGUGCAACUGUACCACCAAUAGUGACAACAAUAAAAACAUCUGGACCAGAAACCAGCACGAGUACAACUGUAACACCAGCAGUGACGACAAUCAAAACAUCUGGACCAGAAACCAGCACGAGUGCAACUGUACCACCAAUAGUGACAACAAUCAAAACAUCUGGACCAGAAACCAGCACGAGUACAACUGUAACACCAGUAGUGACAACAAUCAAAACAUCUGGACCAGAGACAAAGAUCAGCAAAACAACCAUACAACAAACUUCAGUGUCCAAAAACAACCCAGAAUCUACUGUGAUAACAUCUGGGAGAGGUGA